CGCUGUACAGCCAGUAGAGGGUAGAAGGUGUUGGUACCUGUGACGUAGACACCGUGGAGGGUGUGGAACCCCCUGAAGAUUUUAGAACAGAACGUUAAUAACUUGUUCCCCUUCACUUGGACAUUUACAUUGUAACAGGUGAAGACAUACGGUUUUCCGUGAGCUGUUGAUCAUCUCUGAAUUGUCCUUCACUGUUCCAUAUGGGAGACUGAUGGUGGCCAGGACUUGUUUAAAACCUUUUGGUCAGGCUCUGUUAGUAAUUUAGUUCUUAGUCUAAUCAGAGGGGUUUCCCUCAAAAAGAACACCCCAGCUAAAAUGGAUGACAUCUUUACUCAGUGCCGAGAGGGCAAUGCAGUAGCAGUUCGUUUAUGGUUGGACAACACAGAGAAUGACCUCAACCAAGGAGAUGACCACGGCUUUAGCCCCCUGCACUGGGCAUGCAGAGAGGGCCGCUCCAGCGUGGUGGACAUGCUCAUCAUGAGAGGCGCUCGAAUUAAUGUCAUGAACCGUGGUGAUGACACACCUCUCCACCUUGCUGCUAGCCAUGGUCACCGGGACAUUGUGGGGAAGCUGAUCCAGUGCAAAGCAGAUACAAAUGCAGCUAAUGAGCAUGGGAACACACCACUGCAUUAUGCCUGCUUCUGGGGGCAAGACCAAGUGGCUGAGGACCUUGUUACCAACGGGGCACAAGUGAACAUCUGUAACAAGUAUGGGGAAACUCCAAUGGACAAAGCCAAACCUCACCUACGUGAAAUCCUCAGAGAAAAGGCUGAGAAAAUGGGACAGAACAUGACUAAAAUCCCCUUCAAAGAUACAUUCUGGAAAGGCACUACCCGAACUAGACCCCGCAAUGGCACUUUGAACAAACAUGCAGGAGUGGACUAUAAACAGCUGGUGUUCCUUGCUAAAAUAAAUGAGAACCAAUCAGGAGAGCUUUGGCAAGGGCGCUGGCAAGGAAAUGAAAUUGUUAUUAAGGUGCUUAAGGUUCGCGACUGGACCACAAGGAAAAGUAGAGACUUUAACGAGGAGUAUCCCAAGCUCAGGAUAUUUUCACACCCUAAUGUUCUUCCCAUGUUGGGAGCAUGUCAGUCUCCUCCCGCCCCUGACCCUCACAUCAUCACACACUGGAUGCCUUACGGCUCCCUCUACAAUGUGCUGCAUGAAGGCACCAACUUUGUGGUGGACCACACACAGGCAGUGAAGUUUGCACUGGACAUUGCUUGUGGAAUGGCCUUUUUGCACACGCUUGAACCUAUGAUCCCUCGCCACUAUCUCAACAGCAAAAGUGUGAUGAUAGAUGAAGACAUGACAGCCAGGAUCAGCAUGGCAGAUGUCAAGUUUUCCUUUCAGUGUCCGGGUAGAAUGUACUCGCCUGCAUGGGUGGCCCCUGAGGCCUUGCAGAAGAAGCCAGAGGACAUUAACCGUCGCUCUGCUGACAUGUGGAGCUUUGCUAUCCUGCUGUGGGAAUUGGUGACCAGGGAGGUUCCUUUUGCUGACCUAUCCAACAUGGAAAUAGGCAUGAAGAUCGCCUUGGAGGGCUUAAGACCUACAAUUCCACCUGGAAUCUCGCCCCACAUUUGCAAGCUCAUGAAGAUAUGCAUGAACGAAGACCCAGCUAAGAGGCCCAAGUUUGACAUGAUUGUGCCAAUUCUGGAAAAAAUGCAGGACAAGUGAUUCUUAUCACCUACUCCUGCCAGUCUGUGCUGAACUAAUAAUAUACUGGAUACCUUCUGUAUUCCAGAUUUCUGAUUGAUCUGGUGGUGUGGUGCUUACCAGUAUUGCCUUAAACUCAUUCAUCUAACAUUGCAUUCAGCGCUACUGUAGCUUCUGGAUGAAUCUGGCUGAAAUGUUUUUUAUAUAUUUUUUUGUUACUGUGAUAUUAAGUUGUUAUUUAGUGACAAUCCUGUCACUGAUCUGCUGAUACGGUUUCUGCCGGAGCUUAGUGUUGACUGUUUUGGCAAUCUACAAUCAUGUGGCUGCAGUAUGGUCUUAUUUAAUCCACUGAAUCACCAGGGGAGAUCAGCAUGGCAGUUUGUUGCAUUGCUUAAUUUUAUUUGAGGCCAUAAUUUUAUGUAGACUUUAUUAUUUAUGCCAGCCAUUAUCUACCCUAUAAUAAAAUAAAUAAAAUGUUAACCUAAAGCUUCUGACAUUGAAAGUAAAAAUAUAUAAUGUUUUCCUCGAGAACAGUCUGCUAGCAUGUCAAAGAUCUUAAACCAUGCAAAUAUGAAAUCAUUGAGAAGAUUAAUGUAAACAGUGCUGAUGAGAGCAGAGUGAUUCUCUUAGGCUUGGCUGUACAUGGAAACAAAUGUACACUGUAGUGGCGUUACCAGCUGAAGCCUCAUUCAACUGUGUUUGUGUAAAAGGUUUACCCUACAGUUAAGAACUAUUCUGCUAGACACAACAGCCCAAAUCAUUUUAGCCCAUUUUUAUUACCAGUAAUUGCACUUCACUCGUCAUUUUCAUGCUGAAAGUGUUUGUGUUUCUUUAAAUCCAUACUUCACCCAGUUUAUUAUUUUAAAGUACAAUUGGGUUUUUUAUUUGGACGCCAAGUUCAGAAUUUACUUUUUCUGUGAAUUAAAGCUGCCGCCAACUGUGACUGAGACAUCGAGGGAGGUUAUUAAUAUCUCACUAUCUAAUCCAUUGUUUUACAACUUGUAUUUCUUAUUGUUAUUAUUACUUGGAGCCUUAAGUUUAAUCAAAAUUUGUCUCAUUUGAUUAUGUGUUUCUUCUAACUCUUUUUGUGCCCCCACCAGCCUGCUUGUUUGUGCUGAGUCACAGUUUAAGCCAAAAUCAAGAAAGAAUUUAAACAAAUGUUUGUAUUUAUAUAUAAGUAUAUUAAAAAGAAAUGUUUGGGAAGACGUGAAA